AUCCUCGUCUGAUGCAUAUUAAGAAGAAGCACACCUCUCUAAAUUUGAAAUGUGAAAAAGAUGAUUUUCGAAGGCAGAGCUCUAUGAAUAGCGUAGUGAUUACAGACGGGACUGCGACCCCCUAUUAAAAUACGUUGGGCUUUUAGGACGCUGUAGUCUGUAGCGUGUGGUUUAGAGCAACAAAACGUAAAUUUUAUAUCUCUUUGAGUGGGUACCGCCCUCAACUCGGAGUCUACGGCUAGCUUCGCUCGGUCGCGUUUCAGAUGGCAUGUAUUUUGAAUAGAGAGCCAAAGACAGUAAAAAAAUUCACCCUCUUUUAGAGACCAAGCCCCCUAAGCCUCCUCUUCGAGUGCCCUCGACCAAGAAGACAAAAUUUUAUUUAGAGCUGAUAGGGUGAAAAAGGGUGGUAGGUCAGAGACAGAAAAUGGCUCUGAGUUCACUAAGACGCGAUUUGAAUCCACGGUUGAAGCCCGACGGUAAUCUAUUUGUACAAAGUUUGUAAUGAUGUAAAUUUGAACCUUUUUUUUGCACAAUAUCUUUUUUGUGGGCUCAUCCGCAAGCCACAAAUAGAGUAUACCAUUCUAAUGAAGUUGUUAUAUUGCUGCUACUUGAAAUGCAACCGCAGGAUAUCUUUGACUUUGAAGCUUUGAGUCUGGCUGAAAAAAUCAGUUACAUACAGAACAAUCCCGCGACCAAAGACUUAACAACGCUAGCUGCAAAGAGUUCUAGAAGAGUUAUAAAUUACCUCAAAAAAUGUACCAGUCAAAUUUCAUCUCAGUCAGAGCGCCAAAGAUGUGUAACGUACAUGUCGCUGUUGGAUCGGCUCAUCGUAGCGUUGACCAGCUUUCCUUGCACCUUGAACAAUCAAGAUGAAAACAGAUCAGCGAGCGCAGCCAUUCAGACUUUGUUGUCCCAUUUGAAUCCGAACUUGGUACCGCAUGAAUGGAACGGAUACUUUGCAGAAAGACUAUUGUCAAGCGUGGAAGAUCACUUGAGCAGUCUGAAUGAAUACCAAUCCAAAAAUUCUCUAAAUCAAGCGUCAUGUAUGGACGGAUCUGUCUUUGCGUUUUUACCUUUUUUCUUCAACAAUCUGAACAAGACAACUCGCCUCUUUACGAGAAAUGAAAACGCUGAACUUUUAAAUGUCAAGAAAUCAAGAAAUAGACUGAUAACCAGACUUACCAACUGCUACUUUUGGACAGUUUAUUGGGCCGCAGAGCUUUUGUCGCAAAUUCGACAAAUCGACUUUUCUGUUUCGGAACUAAGAGCCAUUUGUCUGGCUGUCAACUCUAAAAUUUUGAUCGUUACAACGCCGUUGAAACAAAUUCCCAGCAUUGUGUCUGAAUACGUGUCACUCGCCAAGCAUCCCAAUUGCAGCACCGAUUUGGUCAUGAUAGGCAUAUUAGACUUAUUCAACCAACUCAAUGUACAAGUCGAAGCAGCUAAACAGCAAGAAAACCUUCCCAUCGACUCAGAAGAAGAGUUGAAGGAAACAGAAAAUCUGGUACAACUUACUCUCGACCAGGCAUUCUCAAAGCACGCGAAACUGUUGUUCGAGACGAUUAAAUUUGCGAGCUCGGUGCCGUUGGAAUCGAUUGGAAUAUUUACAAUUGGUGUUCUGUUGAUGGUCAUCAGGGAUGGCCACAUGGACAGCUAUAAAAAAUUAGUUGAGCAGGCCGUCGACGUCUUGACAAAGUGGCUAUUUUGUCAGUUUGUUGAAAUCAUUCAUGACCAUUGCACUCCAGAGAAACGUGAAUUAACACCGCCGUUUAAAAGAAAAGUCGAACAAAUAGUUCACAAAGUCGAAACCGGCUGGGAACUUUGCGUUUCUGGUUUGAUUCAACUGACCUUCAAAUUUAUGAUAAAAAUUUCCAAUGACCGCUACGUUGCUCGUCUUCGUACAACUUGCAAAUUGCCGGCGUACAUUUUAUCGCGAAUAUUCAAUUCGCAUCCGCAUACAAGAAGCUCGAUCAUAGAUGAAAUAUUUCGAAACGUGACAAGCAAGACAGAACUUUCUGUCUUCCACGCACUUGUUCUACAUCAAAUCGUCAGCACCAACCUACGAGAAGUUCUAGCGUAUAUGCCAAAAAUUACUGAAAACUUGUAUGCCUUGCCUUUUCUCUCACCAUCCGUGUCUGGAAAGCUCGUUCGAGCCUUGGAUCCAGUGAUUAGGCUUCACCCAGGCUUUCGAGACCAGCUUUUAGUUAUUUUUCGCAAAGGCACCUUCUCUCGCGACGUCUCUUACCGGACGGUUUCAGUCGUCGGUAUCUUGGAGCUUUUGAGAAAUGUCGUCAGAAUAUUGUGCGUCAAGAGGGUUAUGCUACCUGCCCAAGCGGAAAGUCUCGGACUUGAAAUGAUCGCAUUUCUCAAAAGAUGUCUCACACAGCAAUGUGGCAUCCGAGCCGUCUUGUACCGAGAUUUAAGUUUGGUUUUUUGCAAAACACUUAAAUUUGAGCAAAGUUAUGCGCCAAAAGACCAAUCUAUCGACAGCAAAGACGAGGCUAUUAGUCGCGCUCUGGGUUCGAUUCAAGACGCAGCGCUUGAGCUCUUGUCUGCACAAAUGUGGGACUACAUCCACGAGUCUCACGAAAAAUCUUACCUGGAGUUAAAUCGCUGCUUCAAAAACCAAACCAUUUUCACAGCUGCUCAAAAAACGUCAAUUCAUAACAGCUGCUUCGAUCCGUCCAGGCCGACGCUAGUCGAACCAUACCAUCUGCUAAUUCAUGCUGCAAACCAUUGUAUUCUGAACAGCUAUACAACGAAGAGGUCAGAUCACCAAGCGCUGUGUCUCCUACUCGACCCCAUGAACCAAAUAGUUAAAGCGUGCGUAGAAAACGACUUGGAAGAAUUCGAGCUAAGCGCAGAAGAUAAUACUUGGACUGACGGUGCUGCAAGUAUGCUAUUAGGGGUUUACGAGAUGUGCAUUGAAUAUCUGAUCAUCAGUAAUCAAAGGCAACACGAAAUACCUGUUUCUGAUCAAAGUAGACAAGAAAUCAUUUCGAGAUAUGAAAAAAUUUUACAAAUUUUUGAUAGACAUGCCGCUUUGUAUGCAAUAAUAACUGAUAGACGACAUUACUUAAAGACGGCUAAAUCAGAGAACAAUAAGGCUUCUUGUCGGCUAAAAGGCGAAAAAGAGGUGCAAUGCUCAAAUAUUGAUAGUUCGAGCGAAAAGAAAAAAACUGUUGUACCGUCCGCUUUUUCAUCGAGCAAAAAACACGAAAUUAACAUAGAACCGACAUUUUCGAGGAAAUGCAUUGCUGACCUAAUGCUUCUGAUUUGCACUUCUAGCAUCCUUGACAUACCUGAACCAGACGAACAGAUCAAGGAGCUGCAUUUCCAGAUUAGUAGUCGUCCGUACGUGCACCAAUACGUAUUGACUGCCGUACUGUCUCAAUUGAACUUAUGUACAAAAGGUGAAAAGAGCGCGUCUAGGGUCGCUGCUACCUCUACAAGAGAUGAAGAUGAAGCCAGCGUCCUUGAAGCUUCUAAAAAAUUUUCUCAAAACGUCUCCCAUGAUGACUUUGUACGGUUGGUAUGUGGACCUCUGUUUUACCAGCUGGUAUCGAGUAGGAUCAUGACGGAUUCCGGAAAUGAUGAGAAAAAUUCAAGGAAGGCAAUGGCCAGAAAGCGUACUGCCAGGUUGGCGGCAGAAUGCUAUGUGAAGAUUCUAGAGUAUGUGCAAGAGGGCAAUUACUUUGUGCAGCAGGAAGCAAUUGAAAUGAUACCACUGAGUGUUGCUCUGCUAAGUGAUCGUUUCCCGCUCGCUGGAGAAAUAAUUGACACAACUGACGAAAGAGCCAGAGUGUCGAAGUUCGUUACUUUUGUGCAUAACCAGAUGACAUUAGAAAGUACAAACUGCUCUCGCCAGUGGUCCGUUUUAAAUGGCUACUUGUCUAUUUUCUCUGUGUUCUUGCCAAUCUUAGAAACUUCGAAAUGCUUCCUGUUAUACGAGUGGCUGGUUAAGUGGCUGUCGAGCGAGGUGUUUGAGGCAAAAGGUUUUUUUUUUUUGAGCGAGUUGAUCCGCCUAAUUUGGAAGGUGCUCGAGCGCUGCGAUUUAGACCGUGGCGUUGAAUUCUUGAGCGAGUUGGCAGUCGAUUUGUUUUGUGUGUGUGAAUGCAACACCGUGUACGAGCUCAAUGAUUGCCAGCAGGCAGAAGACAGAGUUUUGGAGAAUAGGAUGAAAGGUGUAUCUAAAUAUGCGGGAGUGACGAAGAUGUCUGCGCCUACGGUUGCGAACGCGCUAAUUCAGAUCCUUCAUUCUAGAUGGACAAUGUACCGAGGGGCAUAUCGAAAUUUAUUCGAUCAAGAAAUGGAGGAAUGUGUCAAUGUCACAAGUAGUGGUGAUAUGGCAUUGGCUGGCGAGAGUGAGGUAGCGCCUGAGGAAAAUGGCUGCGGAUUGGCUUCAGAUAAAAAAAUGUACCACGUUGUCAAAACUAUAGGCGUUAUGUCAAGACUGGCAUCUGUAAAACUACCGAGUGGAUCAUGCGUGCCGCUGGCGAAGUUGAUUGAACUGGCGUUCAAGGUGAUACACGAAUGGCUGAGUUACUUGGCCAGAAGCAGGCAGACAAAACCAGCAACAGCGCAGUUAGAGAGUUUGAUUGACGCGCUGUUUUUUUUGUUUGAUCGUUUAAACAAUUUUAUUUUAUAUUGGACACAAGGAGGCGCCAGUUCUGCAUGGAGCGAAGAGGACGAAGAUAGCGCAUGCAGAGAUUCAGCGGAUCGUCUAGUCGGACAGUCAGCUACUGACAUAGAGAAGCAACGUGCGAAGGUCUUUCAGAACAAGAAGCGUGCGAACAAGUAUGCACCACAAUUGGUUUAUUGGAUGGAAAAGCUGCAUGCUGAAGAUCUGAUCGAGCUGAUUGCUCGAAUCGGAAAAUCGAGAUGGCCAGAAAGGUGUCAACGAUUUAUCAAUAGAGAUUGGUGUUUUGUAGGAACUGGAUGUAAAAAAAAGAAAUAAAGAGAAUUUUGUAUAAUUUUGUAAAAA